AUGAUCCGACUGUUCGGCAUUUAUUUAUAUGAUUCGUAACGAAAAAAAAGAAGAAGAUGGAUGGAUUCCCGGCGGAUAAUGAUGGAUUGGUGAAGGGAGCCGGACUUGAACGUUACGACACUGAUUAGGUAAUUGUGUACUUUCGCUUUUUUUUAACGUUUUAGAGGCAAAAUCAACGAGCUUUCUGUUGUUUUUCGAAAUUUUUCUAGAAUCGGAGGCAAUUAAAGAUCAAGGAGGAGGGAAAGUGCAAAGUUGUAGAACUUUUCGGAAAAGUGUGCCAAUUUCGGGUUAAAACGAUGAUGUCAGUGAUUUGUAGGCCAAGAAAAGUGACCUUAUUGUUAUUGUUCGGGCGCGUAAUUCAAUUUUCAAAUUUAAAAAUGGCGGUCACCGUCUCCGCCUAAUCUGCAUGUAAUCUCAUUAGUGUGUUAGGUAAAGAUUGGCGUAACCUUUCUCUCAAGAUGGCUAUCGUCUCAAAUGAUGGCGAGGAGAUUAGUGGGAUUGUCACCCGAGAAGACAGGGUGGUAAUUGAGCGAGCGAGUGCCAACGACAAGAUUCAGCAGAAAAGAGCAUCUCGGAAAUGGACAGGAAACACAAAAACCUAACCCGUUUGGCUAUGGAGCGCGUUUGCUGAGCCAAACGGGUUUCAGCAGAUAAAUGCGACGAAACGCGUUUACUUUAUAUGUGGCUUCUCUUAAAACGGUUCAAUUACACACAAAAAAAAACCGACGAGCGCAGAAGGUGGGUGAGCAAACAGAAUGGGCAAGUAAUUAGGGAGACCGCCACGCAACAAACCAUGUCAACAUGAUAUUGGUGGGCAAAGAACCGAAGGGAGGGACUUUUUGAACGUGCGUGGUCGGAUUAGGCCGGGUACUACAAUAAAAGCCGUUAAUUAUACGGUUGGCUGAAGGAUUUGUGACCUUUCUCGGGUUCACAAAUUACGUUGCGGCUUAUAUCUCGAGAAGGAAUAGUUAUAAAAGUUGUUGCAAAUUUUGAGCUUUACAACAAUUGUAAUUGAGCAUCUUACACCAAAAUGCUCCGCUUUCGAGUUUUCUAAAGGGUACUUGUAAGUGAAUGAAAGGAGCAAGCGAGUGUCUCAAGAGUAGAUGGAUAGCAGCUAAUUAGCAUGUCAAUUAUGCGCCAACCAUACGGUACCACCUCAAACACACUUAGGACCCCAAUAGUUGAUGGACUCCACUCCACUUCACAGGUGGAACAGACGGACGGACGGACGGCCGGCCGGCAAAAUCUUAUAGGCGACCAAUUAUAUUUGAAAAGGCCGCGCGCGGACCUUUUUCGGGUCGGUCCAAUGGCUAAUUGCCAAGUGCGCCCAGAUGGUGUCUCUUUCGCCAUUCAAAUAGACACAGCUGGCGAUGAAUAGACCACGACACGCGAGAUUUGAAUUUCAACGCCCACGCAUUUCAUCCGACUCGUACUGUUUUGCGAUUGAAAUCAGUGAAUCACACAGUUUCUCAAGUUGGGUUUGGUGGGGCGAAAAGUGAGGCAGGAUUGAGGGGUGACAAGUGCGAACGAACGAGAAGAUGGUAAUCUUUCGAGUGAGAAAUCGCAUGGGAGGGGUGUCUGAUUUUGAAUGCAAAACAGAGAUGAGAUCAUCGCUAAUCGAGUCGACAGGCGCAUAGAUGGCGGUUUUUCGAAUUCGAAGAGAUGCAUGAAGGGAUUACGGUAUCUGCGUGGGGGGUCUUGACACGGAACGAACAUUCGUGGCGAGACCCGGUCGCAGCAUAAUUGGGUAACAAAAUCAACACUUUCGCGCACGGUCUCCAAAGCUAACAAUGGGUGCAAGUGCGCCCCGCCCAAUAGAGCGAUACAUUGGCGCGAAAUUCAAAUUUUAACAGCAAUAUUUGUGUUUUUUGCCAGAUUAGCCACGAAAAACCGAUAAUUUCGCAUUUGUCUCUCGAUAGACCGAUUUUAUAGGCUAUUACGAAUUUUUUAAGCGCAAGAGCGUCAAAUUUGGUCAAGUCGCAAAUCACAUUUAUCCGUUUGAAGGUUUUUGGCUAAAACUGCGUGAAUUUCAGUUGCUUUUCGGUAGUUUUCGCAGUUCCAGCGCUCAAAAUGCUUGUAUUUACGUGAUUUAUCAUUCUCAAAACCAAUUCUGUCUGAAAACGGUCAAGAAAGCGCAAAAUGAGAAGUGCGGUUUUUAGGCGGCUAUCGUCGGCUAUCGGCGGGGAAGGCGAAAAUGCGAAAUCCGCGAAAAUGCGCCAAAACGUCAUUAAUUCUGAGAAUUAGUGUGCUUUCAUGUCGAACAAUCAUUUUUCAUCGCCUUUGACCACAAAAAUCAGAGAAAACCUGCUCAAUUUAUGAAAACGCCAUUUGGCCGAGGCCACGCCCAUAUUGUCAGCUCUGGAGACCGUGAUUUCGAGAUAAGUUUACAUAAACAUCGCUUGAAAAUCGUGAAAAUCUGCCUGGUCCCCUAUUGGCCAUAUCAUAAGCUAUUCCAUGAAAAGGCAAUGAAUUCUCCAAUCUUCUCGGAGACACCCCCUCCUAAAAUGGCUCCGAAUGGCUCCUAAAGCCAUUCGAAUGGCAAACACCUGUCGCUAACCGCUAUCCGCCCACGCAAUAAAGCGCCCGUCUUCCCGUCCUUUUCUUGUUCUUCUGAAUGUGUUCCGACACCUGUACAAACGGGAUGACCGAAUGCAAUCAUGCGCAAAAUGAGGAAACGGAAAAGGGAAACGGGCUAACGAGUCGGUUGGCUCAAUUGGAUUUGAAAAUUUGAAAAUGGGAAAAUAUUGGGGGGCGAAAAGGAAACAAAAAGGCGGUUGAUUGCAGGCCGCGCACGCCCCAUACAUCUUUCGGAGCGCAGUCCCAGAGGAUACAUUUUUCGAGGUAAGUACCAAAAAGAUGGAUAUUUUCCAUUUCUAUGGCCAUCGUUUAGGAUGCACAGCGUGGCCAGGGAGAACCUUCAGGCCUACUUGCACUCGUACAAACUAUCCACCAACGAGGUACCGCCAGAUUUGCCGGAUUCUAAAAUUUUGCAGUUUUCGAAAAAUCGAUUGAUUUUUCAGAAUUGUUUACCUAAAAUAGAAACUUUUUGAGCCCGGCAUCAAGUUGAUGCACAACUCGAAUCUGGACGAUCAGCACCGGAAGAGCAUCGAGCACUACGCGGCGCUCAAAUCCCUAAGACACGCAAAAGUGAGCCGCCCAGCCUUAAGCUCCAGAAGAAUGUCGUGGAUUUACAGAGAAAACACGUGGCAUUUGCGGUGCAAGCCAUGCGCGAUUACGACGGAAGUCUCGACGAGAAGAGCCCGCUGCCCGACCACACAAUCUCGUUUCAGACCAACGAUUUUAUUCAUAUUCAUGCGGUAAACCAGGGCUUUCUUCGGGAUUAUAACAGCGUCGUAAAAUGGAAAUAGGGGCGUGUCCUUCCUGUUAUUGCGGCGUUGUGUUUGUGGACCGCCUGUUUCAACCGUAAUCGUCGAGCUCUUCGAAAAAGUCCAAAUUUUUGCGUUAAUUUCGCUGAUUUUCCACUCGUUUUCGAUAGAGAAUCAAUGUCACGAAAAAACGGAGACUACGCCCCUUUUUCGCACUUUCGCACUCGUUCUCAGAAGUUCAAUUCCGACUGGUGGAUCGGCCGAAUCGUCCGGUCGCACAGCGAGUUCGGCUUCGUGCCGACCGCGCGUCGCCUCGCCAACUACAUGGUCUCAGACGAGGACGCGAACCCGGCGCCCGCGCCCAAAAGUACCUCCGAUCAUGCGGCUCAGGACAGAUCACGCGGCAUCUGGGAGCCGAGUUGCCCGUACAAAGUGGUGCCCUCGAGCCGACCGAUCAUCCUGCUCGGACCGACUUUCCAACACUCCCGACUCACCCAGCUACUGCAUCUGGCGCUGCGAGAGGAGAUUCUGAAGUAUUUCGGAAAGCAGAUGAAGUACGUGAAGUCGGACAUUGGAAGUGGGCAGCAGUCGGGCGAUCGGAAGGGCGCUCGCUGGCUCCGAGGGCUCCGCGAGUCGGAUUACGAGCGCGGACAGGACGAGAAUCGGGAGGUGGAGCUGAUCAUGCGGAUGACUUCGAAACUGCACCUGCUCCUCGUCGACUCGCCGCACAUUCAUACGCCCGACGACGUGCAACACUUGCCGUUGGCUCCGAUCUUCUUUCUUAUCAGAGUUUCUGAUAACAAGGUAAUGGGAUUAUGAUGAUAAAGGUGGAACGGGGUUCAGAACGGCCAGGGAAAGGAAGACAACUGCAAACUUGCUGCAAAUUUCUUCCUUUACAACUUUCUAGUUAAACAUUUCACUCCAUAAUACCUCUUUCAACCCAGUUUCAAAGAGCGAAUUUGUUCGAACUUCUGUAACUUUCGAUGAUCUAGAAUAAAAAAAUUUCAGAUUCUGUGCCGUCUGCUCCGUAACACGGGAACGACGCGAAUGGCGGCGGAGAUCGAGGUGGCGAACGUGCUGAAAACGAUGAACGACGACAGAGUAGGUGGACCGGAUGCGGAGCCGAUGGCUCGAGGAGUGAGUGAUACAAGCGAGAGAGAAAGAGAGAGAGAGAGAGAUCGAAAACCAGGAAUACCCUGAUAAUCAAGGCACAUUCUUUCCUUUUUUACAGUUCGAGAUGGUAAUCGAGGAGAACGGAUUGAAAGAAGCCACGUGGCGCAUCAUUUCCUACCUGGAAAAGUACAUUCACGCACUGCACUAUCAUGAGAGAGAUGAACCGGAGGAGUAG